UUCAGCGUUGUCUGCUGAGGAACCGGGCGGGAUUUCCGCAAUACAUUCAGUAUGGCGAAGACCUACGAUUACUUGUUUAAACUGCUGUUAAUCGGGGAUUCUGGCGUCGGGAAGACCUGUGUGCUGUUCAGAUUCUCGGAAGAUGCCUUUAACUCGACUUUUAUCUCGACGAUAGGUAUCGAUUUCAAGAUCAGGACAAUAGAACUAGAUGGCAAGAAGAUAAAGUUACAGAUUUGGGACACGGCAGGACAGGAGCGAUUCCGAACGAUCACAACGGCGUAUUACAGAGGUGCAAUGGGUAUCAUGCUGGUUUAUGAUAUUACCAAUGAGAAAUCAUUUGACAACAUCAAAAACUGGAUUCGAAACAUAGAGGAGCAUGCAUCAGCGGACGUAGAAAAAAUGAUUUUGGGCAACAAAUGUGACAUUAAUGAGAAGAGGCAGGUGUCAAAAGACAGAGGCGAGAAUCUGGCGUUAGAGUACAGCAUCAAGUUCAUGGAGACGAGUGCGAAGGCAAAUAUCAACGUUGAGAACGCGUUCUUAACACUCGCCAGAGACAUAAAAGCAAAGAUGGACACGAAAUUGGAGGGGAACAAUCCUCAGGGCAGCAACCAUGGAGUGAAAAUAACCACUGAACAGCAGAAAAAGAGCAGCUUCUUCCGCUGUGUGCUACUGUGAAGACCAAGGCCUUACUGUCAGCCACGACUGGACUAUGUUCUCCUUCUUAGCACUCGUCCUCCUUCCUCUUUAUCCCAUCUCUUCUCUUCUUCCAGCCCAAGGGCAGUCGGAGUUCCAUGCUCCUCUUAGCUUCUUCCAUUGACAGAUUAGCGACGCUGCUUCCUCUCGCUACGACACUUCCCUGAUGAAACCGUGUGGGGAAUGCAUUGGUUCUGCAAGUCAAGGUGAAGAGCUGGGUGCUGCAGCAUCAUCACAGUAGCUCCAUGCACCUAAAGGAGAUCCCGUAUCUUUGUUUCAGUCGCUCGUUUUGAGCACGCAACUGCCAAAAUCCAUCCAUUCCUUCACCACAGAGCGUGCUCUGAUAUUGAGCCAGCUUGAGAGAUACAUGGGACUUUCUUUCUCUAUCAUUCCAUUUCAUGCAUUCUUCGACAAUCACAUGACCUUAUUGUUAGUAGAGGAAUAUUAUAACUCGCCUCUUAGAUGCUUUCUUUCAUUUUUUUAAAAAGUAAACAUUUAGCUUUUUUGUCCCCAGUUUUAUUUUACACAAAAGUGUUGCAUUCACAAACUUAGUGCAGUCAAGGUUUCAUAUUAAACGAAUUAAGAUCCUGCUUUUUAUACAUUGAGACAUGUUUACUACCACCUUGUUAAAACUAACCUCCCUUUUUUUUUAAAUGCACAUGAAGCUAUUUCCAAAUGCAGUGACGCAAGCUUUCCAUUUUACAUUCCUUCGAAUAAAUGCAAACCUCCGGUCUUGCUUUAUUACGACCUGAAAAUGCCACAACAUGAAAGCGUUCUUUAAUUAAAAUGAAAUGUAGUCCUAGAUAGGAUGUGUAAAUGCUGAGUUUGUAGUGUUUUGACAAGUAUGCGUAACCAAAAGCAAUGAGUAAGGGUGACUAUGUAACCAGAAAAGCAGAGCUAUACUUAAGAAAGCACCUCGCGUAUACAGAAGCCCAUGCACUUUAUCAGUAUCUUUUGUGUUGUGUGUAGUUUGUGCCAAGUGAUAGUUGUGCAUCAUAAAGACAUGGAUUAUGACCUGCCGAGUUUUGAGGUUAAGGCGUUUUCAUUCCCCCAAGUCUUGAAUGAUCAGUUCUCCUGAUAGAGGCUAAAGCUAGUUCUGUGCAUUGGCUGCUGUUGGAACUGUUUGAAUAAAUUAGUUUGUGCAUCAUCUGAAUCACAGUCCUACAGCAUGUCAGUCUUAUUAGUUUGGGUUGCACAGAUUUGGUUCAUAUAACUAGGCUUAACUACCAAGAACACAGUAAUCAACCAUUCUUGAGUUCUGAAUAAAAUCAUAAGCACAUGCUUCUAAUUAACACAAAAAAUGCAAUGCUUGGGAGUUGUUGGAGUUGGAUAUGUUUUCUCUCCAGCUGAUCAGAGGAGUCAAAGCCGCUUGACACAAAAGACUCUUAUUUUGAAAAGUUGUGUAGCAUUGCUGUAAUACACAAAUGUACGUUUUGUAUUCAUAUUGUAAAAUGAAACGUGUCAGUUGGUGCAUUUGUGUUCUCCAGCAAACUGAAUCACAAUCUUUUCCAACCCGUUCGCUUUGAGUGAAAACAAAUUCUCCAUUUAUAAGAAUAUAAGACCUUAGUUAUCUUCACGACAAGCAUGUCUUACUUUUUAUAUACAUGUAUAAACACAAUAUAACAACUAUUUGCAUAUCAGGGCAGUAUGUAUUGUAGUACCCUUUUUUUUUACACAAUUUGGGAAGUUAUUUGUCAUAUUCCAUAUGUUUUUGGAGUGAAACGUGACUUGGAUGCGUGUUUAAGAGAAGCACAGUGUUAGACUAUUUUGUUCCUGGGAAGCGAGAAGAGAAUUUCAUGCACUUCUGCCGCAGUAUGGCGCAUCCUAAAAAUGUCCACUUUCCUUUUCUUUUUCCAAGCUUAAAUGUUGAGCUGCUUGAAACGACUUCCUGUUUGCACCUUGUUCUCUUUCCACCUCCAGGAGACGCUGUUUUGGGUUCAUAUUUUCAUUAGAAGUCGGCCUGUCUUCAUCUGUACCCAUGACAUCUCUCUUCUCUCGCUCUCCAAUAAUGCCGUUUGUCUUAAUAACUAAUACUUGAGCUUUCGUUUUGAAUCUAUGCAUCAUGAAGGUGAUACUGUUGACCUCUUGUGUGUUUAUUAUUUUCUGUACAUUGAAGCGUCGGUCUAGAUGUCUGUUCUGAGCUGUAGAGGACAUGUUAAACACAAUUUAAUCAACAGACCGCUGGCAAAACAUUUUUAUUUGAUUUGCAAACAUACCAAGUGGAAAAGAACAUUAGCAAACAGGUACCGCUUUCUGUCUGUCAUGUGGUGUUUGAGCAGUGAUGCGUACGUCUGUUUAGUUUAGUUUGUCGUCUUGUAUUUCUAGAUUUGACUGUCAUCCAUAUCAUUUACAGAUUCUUUUAUAUGACCGUGUUUUCAUUCGUCCAUUCUGAGGUAACUGGGGAGAUCUGUAAAUUACAUUUUGGUAUAAAAAAAAAAAAGAAGAAGAAAUGAUUGUAAAUAACUCUAAAAAGAGAUCUACUUAAAUUGUACUGUACUUUCUAAAAACGUUGAAAAACUGAUCUACAGUUUUUGUAGAUAUCUGUACUUUUGAUUUAUUAAAAUAAGAUUCUUUUAAGAGA